AUGAGAGUUAAGGUCAAGCUGGUGCGACUGCUUGGUGCGGGGAUGUGUGAAAGGCGCAGCUUUGAGAUAGACGAAACAACGGACGGCACGAAUGACAGGGCGACGCCAAAUACGGAGAAGAACAAAACAAAUGGCGCAGAGGACCUGAAAAUCAAACCCAAGCGAGAGUGGUUUGAGGGGACGAUGCGAGGGGAAGGAGAUUCGGUGGUGGUCGCCGAGAUUCGCUCACAUCGCCUUUGA